CCUGUUUCCUUUUGAUAUCUCGCAGUCGGCAUGGGUAGCGUGUCAUCGAGACUGACGUGACUUGAACGCAUCGUUUUGUUGGCGAGCCAAGAUGUCGGGUCUCAGCGUGAACUGGUUUUUGCUAUUGGGGCUGUCAGGCUGUCUUUCUAUUUUGGUCUCUGCUGGUUUGGUGGUCCCCACCACUGUAGAAAUGCAGACCAGGUUGUAUCCCGUCCUUGAGGACUCUGCCAAAGUGAGUCCAGGUGUGGCAGGUGCCGGUGGAUUACAUCAUGGUCGGACGAUCUCUGGAACUAAACCCGCAGAACAUCUGCGGCCUUCUGGCUCUUCUCCUGACUCGGUUACUAAAAUUAAUUCUAGUCCAGUCCCAAUCCAAAACCCCAGUAGUCCUCCUGGUUUUGGAACUGGAAGGACAUCGUCUCCUGAGAGUUCAGAUCCUACCUUCAAAUCCGAGACUCUUUCUGACUCCAGAGCACCAGAGUCUCCUGAACCCUCAAAGUCCAGUAUGCAGUCUACUCUAGUCCCAGCCCGAAGUCAAAAGACACACAUAAAGACAUCAUCUACGAGUAACUCUGAUAUUUACAGUCUGAUCUCAACACCACAGCCUCAGGAAUCUGAAGGAAGGUCUGGAGGAAAUUCUACUCCAAUCCCCAUCCAAAACCGCAGCCGUCCACCAAGUUAUAGGACAACUUCUACUGGCACCUUUACAUCUCUGGAUCUUUCUGACUCAAGAAGACAGAUCUCCACACCAGAGCCUCCAGAAUCCCAGAGAUCCAGCUCUUUCCCCGAUUCUUCUGCAGUCCCGAUCCAAAGCCAAAGCAGUCCUACGGGUUUUGAGACAACGGGAAGGACUGUCGCCGAGCUCACAUCUCAAGCUCUUUCUACUACGAGAGGCCUGAUCUCAGUCUCAGCAGCUUCCACCACGAGAAAGUCCUUAAACCUGGCAACCACUCAGACUCUGGAAGCGACACCGCCCCCUUGUACCACCUCAAAGGCGCCACCUACCGUGGAGCGCCAGUCGUGCUCCCCCCGCGGCGUAGUCAAACCCUGCCUGAUCACCAUCGCCUGCCUGGCCACGCUAGCCACCGUCUUCAUGGUGUCCACCAUUGUGCUCUGUGCCAAACUCUCCACCAGGAAGUACAAGCUUAGGAAGGCCCAGGACGAGAAGGAGACGAUGUUCAUGUCGCACGUGCUUCUGCCCGAGAGGAACUACGCCGGCAUAAGACAGCGCAGUCCGGUCUCCAACGGAGUCCUGGUGAUCCACAGCGCCGGGGACAGCGAGGAGGACAUCAGCGACAACCUCACCCUGAGCAGUUUCCUUCCGGAAAGCGACCGCUUUGUUUAGGAAGGACUUGUUUUUUCUGGAUGGUCACUGACUGGUGAAACUUUUAAGUCCAGCAGCCUGACUGUAGUGUCGUCGGAAGGAGGAUUUCACGUUCGGCACCGGCGCAUUCACCUAUUUUUUUUCUCCACAUUUUUAAAAAAUAUUUCAACUUCUUUUCAUUUUUUCCUACAUUUUUCUGUUUGUUUUUUGGUUUUUUUUGUGGGGGGGGGGCAGAACCAAUCCCAAAAGCGCUUAUUGAUGGUGUAUCACUGCUGGUUCAAGAAUUUUUUAUCUUAAAAAAAAAAACAAUUGCGUGCAAUUUUUGCUAG